AAACGAACUUGCCCGUUGUCAGAUUACGGUGAUUACGCUUUAACUGGUUGUCAAAUAACAGGGCUCCUCCGUAAUUUCACGUGAUCCUUCAGAUCCCAGUGAUUUUACAAAUAGUGAAGACAUUUCAACAAAAUGGGUGCUAUUAAAGGUGUUUUAGUGUUAUUCCUAUUAUUUUUCGUAGCUGUUGUAGUAUCUACCGAAUAUGUUCCAGUGUAUAUGUGGUCAACCAAAAGAGUCAACGAAAAAGUUCCAGCUCUCAACAAAGUCAGUCAACAUACCUUCGAAUAUGACAUUUUGGAAAGACUAAAGGAAAACACAUACGUUGUAGUUUUCAUCGAACCAACAUUGAGUCCAGAAGACUUUGCUCAACACGAUCAAUCAUCUGGUAUAUUUACUUAUCUAGCCAAACUUGCAAAAUCAUCGAAGGUAACAUAUUUACCAUACGUUCAAAAUCCCGUACGAGCUCUGAAGAAUCUGGAUGUAACCGUUACAGAAUUACCUCUGGAGAAGUUGAAUGAAAACUUCGAAAUUCCACAGACUGAUAUACUCAUUGUUAAUCUCAACGAUGUUAAGGAUUCUGAGACAAGAAUUGACAUGUUGAAGCGCCAUGAUGCUGCUGUCAGUGAAGUUUACAGAGAAAUUGCCAAAUCCGGUAAAAAUGUUUUGGCCCUGUACACUUCUCAUCAUACAUCUUGGGUUGCUCCAGAGGAGGUUAGUUCAAGGCAGAAAAGAGCUUUACCUGAAGAAACAGAAGUGGAACCAGUCAAGGAAUCUCUCAAACCGGUCAAUGGUUCAAACUUUUUGAAAGAUUCUAAUGUAUUUCUGUAUUUCACCAAUUCUGCAUAUAUUGCUAGGAACGGAAAUGAAACCAAUGUCACAUUCACCUAUGAGUCUGUUGUCUUGGACAACUCAACUAAGGUACAGUUGAAAAUGCAGUCAGAUGUAGUAUCCUUGACAUUGAAUUUCACAAAUAGUAGCAGUUUAGGGUACUGGCAGUUAGAAGAACCUGUCAGUGCUACAUUUAUUAAUGCAACUAAAAAAGAAGUUGCCAAUUUGACUUCUGGUGCUUCUUUGUAUGCUGUCAGGACAUUCUCGUACCAUUGCGGAGAUCAAAUAUUUUCAAAUGUGAAUUAUUCGGUGAUAUUCAGAGAUUUUCAAAUUCAAGUAUUCUUCGACAAGUUGGCCGACAAUGCAACAACGAAAUUUGGAGAUGCCUAUGAUUGUGUCGGUUUCACUUCUAUUCCAAUAUGGACGGGAUUAUUUGUGACCACCAUUUUGUUGAUGAUCAUGACAUUGGGCAUUACGAUGAUGUUGGAUAUAAGAACUAUGGAUAGGUUCGAUGAUCCAAAAGGCAAGACCAUUACUAUCAAUGCUGAAUGAGUUGAAAAUGUUUUGUAGCUAGCUUAUUAGCUGUUUGCUAAGCUUGAAUGACUAAAUGAAAUCAUGGUGUCCUUACGAAUUGUUACAGCUCAUAAAACAUUUCAACGAGUUUGGAAAAUUUGAUUUUUGAAUCCAAAAAUCUCUCUGCAGUUUUAUAAUAUAAUUCACAAACGUUUUGAGAAUGUAGUAGAUGAGUUUAUGAAACAGAUCCUGUCAAAAUAAACAGCGACCAUUAAAGUUUAGAAUUUAGUCCCCACAUGAUGCAAAUUUUACCAAACUCAGUGUCAUAUUUUAAUGUCAAAUUCGGUGCGCACAAAUUUCCUGCUUAGCAAUUAUAGCUCUAAGUUAUCAAAUGAACAUUCAGCCUUCCCCAACUAGCUCAGUAUUUCACCAAAUGAGAUCUACACUAUAGGAUGAUGGGCUAUUGUGAUAACUAAGCUUGUAAUUUUUAACGUCAUCCUGGUAGUCCAUCUUAUUUGGGUUUCAUACUGUAGGCCUAACUGCCUGUAUCGUUCUGUUCUACUUCCCUUGGACCUCUAAAACUAAUUACCAUUGUUUUGGAAUAUUGUGAUCCAUCCCAUCCAAACCUAAACGCAAAAGUACUUCUCCGUUUCAUAUUGAAAUUUAUAGUUGUAAUAUGAUGCUGCAUUUAUUCAAAAUAAUGUAAUUGUCAGACCGUAUAGAAUAUAGAUGAAAAAGGAUUGAUAUUAUCAAGCACAUACGAGAAACUCAAU